CCGAAAAAAGCGCUGCUGUUCACAAUCGCUCUUCUUCUCGAUCCCUUCUCACCCGUGCGCACCAUACCCACAACGACGGCGCUGCUGUCGUCCAGAUUUGCUUUUGCGCACACCAUUCCCAACCAACCCAAGGAUAUUUCUCCAGCGCUGCAUCGCCCGGAGAAAUUACGCACCGUGGAGUGCAAACAGCCCUUUGACGCCUUCAAGCGGUAUGCACACCAGCGAGAAGGCGCGACCAUAUCAUUCCAGCGAGCCCGGUCCGGUCGUCCCCUUCUCUUCCAUUGUCAUGCUGUACGAGGCUAGACUUGUUCGCUCCACAUUAUUUUUUCUGGUGCUAUCGAGUUCCUUGGGUAUCGUGGGGGGAGUAUACCCGGAUUACCCCAUGACCUUCGCCGACAUGAAGGUAUUGGCGGGGUACUACACAGAAGACGGAAAGUACUUGGGAGGCAUUCCUAAGGCGGACCCUGUGAGCAAAGAGAUCUACGAAUGUGCAGCCGAUACAUAUUUCUAUCCGUCCGGGAACGACACCGUCACCGACUCUACCGACGGUAAGGACGAGGCUACCGCUUGCAUGGAGUGGAGGGCGGACGAGUCCGCGGGGGGGGUCUUCCAGAAGGGCACGUGCGAGUGCACGUCUAUCGACAACGAAAACUAUUGCUCCGCUUGGACCUGCAACCAGGUUAAAGAAGAAGAGGAUUGCAACUCCUCCGGAAGCAACUGCGUCGUGUCCACCAACACCGAUGCCGUCCUAUGCCAGUGCGACCUCGAUGUUCCCUCUGGCCUGUAUUGUGACUCGUGGUCGUGCAAGCAAAUAGACUCUGACGGCAGGGAGGAAUUCGAAGAGUACCAUUGCCAGCGUGAAGCCGAGUCGGGACACUACUGCGAGGCUUGGAACGGAAACGUGACCGCCAGCGAUGAAGUCGAGGUGGUGACGUGCGAGUGCGUGGCUACUUGGAGCGGUGAUCGCCUGUGUUCCUACUGGGAGUGCGAAGAGAUAGGUCUGAGUAGUUGCAAUUCGACAAGGGGCUGGUGCGACUUGGGCUUGUCUAUUGGCUUGGCGGGCGUGUUUGGACUUGCGGGAGCCUUGGCGGCUGGCUUCAGCUUUGCUAGCUUUGGGUGCUUCGAGCGAAGCACCACUGGCAUGAGGGCGGUGGUAUGUACGGGCGUCGGUGGCAUCCUUUGGUGCAUGGUGUGGUCAGUCGGUGUCGUGAUUUGGGGGGGGUUGGAUGGGGUAGUCUAUGUCGGCAUCAUGUGGGGCGUCGGUUUCCUAUUGGCGACCAACACCACCGGUUGUAUCUUGUACGACAAGGGUUGA